AUGCCGAUCCAUGCGGCCAUCAAGGUGGAAGAGGAAGACGAGGAGGGGGUUGCCAUUGCCACCUUUGGUACAGCAGGCCAGGUGCCCGGCGGCCAACAGGACUGCAUGGCCAUCUUCAGGAACCCCGCUCCUCCCCCACAGGUAUUUUGUUUCCUCUUCAUUCAGGUGCAGCCGCCGCGGCCACCUCCACCUGCACCUGCACAAUGCCAGUGGAACAAGAGGCUGGCUACCGGACCGCCUCCAGGCUUCCCCGGUGUUUGCCAGCCGCCACAGAAGAGACACCAGUCUGGGGCGCAGCCACCGCACAGGCAGCAUCAGGCGCUGCCACAACAGAGGCAGUAUCAGGCGCCGCCGUCGCAGGCGCAGCAAGGGCAGAGGCAGUAUCAAGCGCCACCGGCGCAGGCGCAGCAGGCGCAGAGGCAGUAUCAGGCGCGGCCACCGCAGACGCAGCAGUACCAGGCGGCGCCGCCGCAGGCACAACCACCGCAGAAGCAAUACCCGCCACCACAGCCUAGGCGGCAGCAGGCGGCGCAAGGGCAGCCACUGCAACAGCAAUACCAGGCGCAGCCGCGGCAGACGCAGUACCCGCCGGCGCCGGCGCAAGCGCAACCACCGCAGAAGCAGCACCGGCCGGCCCCAACGCAAGCGCAACCACCGCAGAUGCAGUACCAGCAGCCGGAGCCUGAUCAAGCGCAACCCCCGCAGAUGCAGUACCAGCCGGCACCGACCCAAGCGCAGCCACCGGGGAUGCAGUACCAGCCGGCGCCGUUGCCGAGCGCGCGGCAGCACGCUCCCACACCGGCCGCACCUGCCGCUCACCACGCCCCGUCCAGCAGCAGGCCCCGACUUCACCCGAGGGCCGCGGCCAGACCGGCGUCCGCGUUCAAGAAGCCCUCCGUCGUGUGCGCCGUGUGCGACGUGCGGUGCAUGACGGCGGUUCACCUCAAGCAGCACGAGAAGGGGAGGAAGCAUCGGAACAAGGUGGGCUGCGCCGCCGGGGAGAUGAACGUGUGGUGCGACGUCUGCUCCGUGACCCUCUUAACCAAGCUCAACGUCAAGGAGCACUACUCCGGCAAGCCGCAUCUCCAGCGGGCCUCACGCUCCAGUGCCAAGGGCCACCGAGCAACCUGA